GCAAGAUGUUGCUUUCAGCUCGACCAGGAAACUCUGUGUAUGAGUAUGCGAUGAUGGCGAGGGCCACUUGCAGGUGCAAUCCCUCCAGGAUGAUCCUCCCAUUUGUAUGGCUGAGCAGCUGAUGCUAUGUUGCUAGUAACCACCGCUAAUGCCAGCAUUUCUUCCUUCCCAAAUCCUCAAUUGAUCCUGGGUGACCGUUGCCAGUUCCCACAUUCGAUAUGCCUGAACUUCGCUCCUCCAUGCCUCUCUUUCACUCAUUUUUCGUGACUUGACCUCGAAGACUGUUGUCGUUCCCUUCACGUGCCUCUUCCAACGGGACACACCUCUUGCAACCACCCCGCAGUCACUCCCUUGGGCCCUGCGCAGGCGGAUCCCACAGCGACCUGUUCUGAGGAGAGAAAGAAAAUAACACACAAGAUGAUGCCGCAUGCGAUCUUGGGCUACCAACUGCCCCUUCGUGCUGGAGGGGGCGGCCAGCCGUCAGAGGCUGCCACAGAUGUCGCCCUCGAGCCUUUCUCCGAGUCUGUCCUGUCGCAUCUCGUGUCGGCGAGUAAAGACAUCUCGUCCCAAGAUGGGAAAAAGUUCACCGACGAAAAGUCCUUCCUGAGCUAUAUGGCCUCGGACAAGUCGAACGCAAUGUCGGCACCCGUGGACAACGAUUUGAACUAUCCCAUGUCCUCUUACUUUAUAAGCUCCAGUCACAACACGUAUCUCUCUGGACACCAGCUCUACGGCGAUGCCUCUGUGUACGCCUACACCAAUGUCCUCAAGCGGAGGUGUAGGUGCUUGGAAAUAGACGUGUGGGAUGGCGAGAGCGACCCUGAAUCCAGCAGCUCAGAAAAUGAAGAGGAUAAGUCUGAUAAGUCGGACCCAAAGCCAUCGCGCUGGAACAGGGUCAAGGCUCGCGCAGCGCGCAUGCGCUCAAGCUCUCGGUCAGAAUCCCUCGCCGCCAGCACGAACAACGCCCUGUCCGCUCAACCUUCUGGCCCACCUGGGGCUCAACCCACCGACGCGCCGGAUAAGGCUGAGGGCGCGGGCUCGCCGCGGAAGCCAGAGUCGUCCUCGCAUGAUCCGAACCGACUGUCACCGCACCCUUCACCCUCGCUCUCCUCCAAGAGGGAGCCGCGAGUACUCCAUGGCUACACGCUGACUCACCCUAUCACCUUUCGCGCCGUCUGCCAUGCCAUCAGGGAGUCGGCUUUUGUGAGCACGGAGCUGCCAUUGAUCGUGUCCCUGGAAGUGCACGCCUCCCUGACCCAGCAAGAGGUCAUGGUCGAGAUCAUGCGCGAUGUCUGGUCCGAGUUCCUGGUGUGCCUCCCAAAAGGGACGGACAUUUCGGCACUUCCUUCGCCAAACUCACUCCAGAAAAAGAUUUUGAUAAAGGUCAAGUGGGUCGCGGACUCGCAGACAGGAGAGUCCAAUGACCCGAUCGAGCAUGUGAGCUCAAAUUCCACCGACGGGGCGGGGAGCGAUGUGAUCCCGACCUCCCCAGAGAAACGGAAGAAGGCCUCGAAAGUUCUGGCGGCACUCUCAGAACUCGGAAUCUAUACGCGGGCCUAUACGUUCAAGCAUUUCUCACAGCCUGAAGCUUCUAUCCCGACACACGUUUUCAGUUUGUCUGAAAAGAAGAUCCGCAACAUGCAUGACGACCCGUCUCACGGGCCAGCCUUGUUCAAGCACAACAAAAACUUUCUGAUGCGGGUGUUUCCCAGGGGGACCAGGAUCAACAGCUCCAAUGUCGAUCCCAUCUUCCAUUGGAGACAGGGCGCACAGAUGGUGGCCUUGAAUUGGCAGAAGCUGGACAAGGGAAUGAUGCUCAACGAAGGAAUGUUUACGGGGACGGGGGGUUGGAUUCUGAAGCCAGAAGGCUACCGCAGCACCGCCGCAGCAGGCUCCGCAAACUCGCAAAAGGAAGUCGAACCCAAAAGGCAACGGCUGGACCUGGAAAUCCGACUCCUCGCGGCGCAGAGGCUACCCGUCCCGAGCGACAAAGACGUCUCGCACGCUCCCAGGAUGAAACCGUACGUCAAAAUGCAACUUCACGUUGAUUCACUUUGCGGUCCCGAACCCAGCAAGGAGGUGGACCGUUUGGUCGACGCCAAAGACGAAAUCGAACCACAUGGCGGUGAAGAUGUCGACUCCGGCCUUUUUAAACGUAGGUCGGCCGAUUCCCGCACCGACUGUCCUGAUUUCCGGGGCGAGGUAAUGAGCUGGACGAACAUGUCGGACGUCCUUCAAGAAUUGAGCUUCAUCCGACUAAAAUUGAUGGACGACCGUUCGAUUGGCAAAGACAACCUGCUGGCAUGGGCCUGCAUUCGACUCGACCGCCUCCAGCAAGGGUAUCGAUUCAUCCAUUUGCUCGAUUCGUCCGGCAUGCCAUCACGCGGUGCAUUGCUUGUUCAUGUCUGUAAGCGCACGAGUUGAGUGGUCGGUCGAGAUGUGGAACCCGCUGGUUUGCCUUCCCCGCUCCAGCAGAAGGUUCUGCUGGGAAUUUUCCCACCGCUGAAUACCAUAUUCCACAAUUUGGUUGGGGUAGGGGAGACCUCUGACCUAGGAGAGGCCCAGGCGGACUACACCUGUGUUGCCCUUUGCAGAACAAAAGGCAUUGGAUCUCAUUCUUUACUACUCCGUACCUAGGGCGCCGGGUGCGGGCCUUGGAGUCUUGGUGCCCCUGAGUCUCCAGGAUUAGACCACAUUGUCCCGGCCAUUUGCAGCCAAUGAAACUUACUGGAUGAAUUCACAAGGGCCUCGGUCCAAGACUCUGCUGUUAGCGCUGAUUGGGACGUCUCUAGGACCAGCAAGCCGGGCUUCCCUGGAGCAUGAUUGUACUCGGCCAGUUUGAUGGCGCGUGAAACCGAGCAGAGGAGAUUCGACUAUUUGCUCGUAUUUGUGCGUGACAAACUUUGCCUCUGGGCCCCGAUCCUUGGUGCAGAGUCCCGCAAUGGACGAGCCUCGACUGGUCCGCAGAUACCAGCUCCUGCUUGUUGUAACCCCUCCGAAAGCGUGCCUCCCCUUCAUGUUGCUACGAUCUCGAUGCCGUGCACAGACUUUGAAGCAGGUCGAGCUUAUCGAGAUGGCAUGCCCAUGCUCGGGGCGGAAGGGGCUGACAUUUGCCAGGAUUCUUUUUCCAUGCCAUUGGAAUGCCCCUACCAGGUGACAGGACCGAUGGGACCGCUUCUGACCUGUCCAUCGUCGCACAUGUGAACGAUUACCCAUCCAGACACAUUCGGAAAGCAGGCUGGUACCUCUGAACUCGGGUGUGCAGGUCUGAAGAGUGACUCGCAGGGCAUCUGGUGAGACUCCUGCUUAUUUGGGUGCUCGACGGACACGACUCGUCAAUGCAGUUGGCAUGAGGGUCGUUCCACUUACCCAUGCGAGCUUUGGUGAGUGCACAGAGUCAGCAAACUUUGACGAGGCCCAGGAUAGAAUGGCCACUUUUUUCCGGGCAGCAUGCAUGCUGUGGGGUACGGAGCCCUUGCUGGACCUUUGCCAGUCACUGGCGAUUCGGAAUUCAAUGGAUGGAUAUGGACAUUUCUGUACCAGCACGGUUUCGGAGUCACUGCUGGGCAGGAGAGGAUAUAUAAUGGUCAACAAGUCACUCCUCCAGCCCUACUUCCGCUUCCUACUGGCGGAGCCUUGUUGCGACUCCAAGGUGCUCCUCUACGGACUCAGACAGCGACGCUCUCAACGACUAAGUCGCUAUAUUGUCCCCCAUACACCACGUCAUGAAGCUCGCGCUAUUGAACCUCGACAGCUUUCUUCCCUCCAAGAGGGAGGUGGCACACCCCAAGAGCCGGCCCGAUGGACGUCCGAAUGUUCGCACCAGACCGGUAAUUUGAAUCACCGGGAACCACUGUCUGAGCAGGAAGCUGAUGAACUCGAGGGGAAGAUGAAUGGCAUACGCUGCCCUCGUUGUUUGGAGGACAACAAAGAAGUCUGGGUCAUUCCGUGAGUUGUCUCUCUCUGAGUUCAGUUCAGUCCUGUCCGCAGACGUUCCUGUACUCCGACCGCGGCAAAAUCGGGACAGGCUGACAGAUAGCUGCAGCGGGACCAGAUGUCAAAAAUGCGGGUAUCCCUGUUAAAGGACACUGAUCAAAUCUAAUUGUCGAAUACACGAGUAUGCUAAGAGGGCUCACUGUGCAAGGGGUUGUCCGACUGAUCCGCGGGCUGCACCAUAGUGACUUUAGGCGAAAGGGGCCAAUUACUUCUUCAGGACCGUAAUGGUGCGGGAGAGUUCGGUGCGGUGUUUGAGGUCAGCAUUCAAGGGACGCAAGCUUGAAGAGGGGAGCGAGAUGCGACCGCCGAGCCCAAACAGGGGAAAAUUCAGCGUGCCCUGCAUCGGAGAACCAUUUCCUCGUCUGGAGGGGAGGAUAUUUCAAGGCAUGUGCGUGUAGAUGCAGCAUUGGGAAGCGGGAAAGGGCACUGGUUUGCGGAACCGAAUUUCUCUAUUAUCAGGCUGCGCAAUUAGUGACGCAAGGGGGUCGGCCGGGCACGGAUAAUGACGCUGCUGACCGUGGACAUGAGGAUAAGAGCAUUCUGGAGUUAGAGUUCGUCAAGAUGUGAGAAGAGGCAGCCCUGUCCACGAGUAAUCCAAGUCCUGUUGUCUACGCGGAAGGGAGGAGAGACGUUAGGUUACGAAUGGCCGUAGGGGAUGGUUCCGUCUUCCCAUGCCUCCUUGGGCGAGUUCUAGGUCUGAUCAAUGCACGAUGGAUGGGGCCGCUGCAAGACACUGGCAUGGGGGGGCGUGGUAGGAUCGAC